GCCGUUUCCGGGGGCGGGGAAGGAACCGGAGCCUGAGAGCCGGGCGCCCUGCGCUCCUCCCCGCGCUGUCCCGGCGGCCCAGGAAUUCACUGUCUGUAGCACCUGCUCCUCCACAGAGGGUACCCUGGAAUGGCGAUGGCACUCCCGAUGCCUGGACCCCAGGAAGCUGUUGUGUUCGAGGAUGUGGCUGUGUACUUCACGAGGAUAGAGUGGGGUUGCCUGGCCCCCGACCAGCAGGCACUCUACAGGGACGUGAUGCUGGAGAACUACGGGAACCUGGCCUCACUAGGCUUUCUUGUUGCCAAACCAGCACUGAUCUCCCUAUUGGAGCAAGGAGAGGAGCCGGGGGCCUUGAUUCUGCAGGUGGCUGAACAGAGCGUGGCCAAAGCCAGCCUGUGCACAGAUUCCAGGAUGGAGGCUGGGAUCAUGGAGUCUCCUCUGCAAAGAAAGCUCUCCAGGCAGGCAGGACUGCCGGGCACCGUGUGGGGGUGUCUCCCCCGGGGGCAUCCCGCACCACCCCACCCGCCCGGCGGUCCUGAGGACGGGUCAGCUAACCCCACCCACCCCCGGGCUCGGGAGCAGAGCGCCUCCCCAAGGGUUCUGCAGGAAGACCCGGGCCGGCCUGUGGGGAGCUCAGCCCCUCGCUACAGGUGCGUGUGCGGCAAGGCGUUCAGAUACAACUCGCUGCUGCUCAGGCAUCAGAUCAUCCACACCGGCGCCAAGCCCUUCCAGUGCACGGAAUGCGGGAAGGCCUUCAAGCAGAGCUCCAUCCUGCUGCGGCACCAGCUGAUCCACACUGAGGAGAAGCCCUUCCAGUGCGGCGAGUGCGGGAAGACUUUCCGGCAGAGCACGCAGCUGGCUGCGCACCACCGCGUGCACACCCGCGAGCGGCCCUACGCGUGUGGCGAGUGCGGCAAGGCCUUCAGCCGCAGCUCCCGGCUGCUACAGCACCAGAAGUUCCACACCGGGGAGAAGCCCUUCGCGUGCGCCGAGUGCGGCAAGGCGUUCUGCCGCAGGUUCACCCUCAACGAGCACGGCCGCAUCCACAGCGGGGAGCGGCCCUUCCGGUGCCUGCGGUGUGGGCAGCGUUUCAUCCGAGGGUCCUCGCUCCUGAAGCACCACCGGCUGCACGCCGAGGAGGGCGCCCAGGACGGCGGCGCGGGAAAGGGAGCCCUGCUCGGAGCUGCGCAGAGGCCCCAGGCGGGGGACCCGCCCCACGAGUGCCCGGUGUGCGGGAGGCCGUUCCGACACAACUCCCUGCUGCUGCUGCACCUGCGCCUACACACGGGCGAGAAGCCGUUCGAGUGCGCGGAGUGCGGCAAGGCCUUCGGUCGCAAGUCCAACCUCACUCUGCACCAGAAGAUCCACACCAAGGAGAAGCCCUUCGCGUGCACCGAGUGCGGCAAGGCCUUCCGCAGGAGCUACACGCUGAACGAGCACUACCGGCUCCACAGCGGCGAGAGGCCGUACCGGUGCCGCGCCUGCGGGAGGGCCUGCAGCCGGCUGUCCACCCUCAUCCAGCACCAGAAGGUGCACGGCCGCGAGCGCCGGGAGGACACAGAGGGCAGGCGGGCGCCCCGCUGGGCUUCCUGACGACGGGGACGACAGGCCGAGGAUUCACGCGGGAAGCUCACCUGAGCCGGCGGGGCCCGAGCGCAGAAAUUCAGAACCCCACGUCCUGAAGGUGAAGCAAAGUCUAAAGAAAGGGCCAGCUCCCACCAGGAGCUCGGCUUCUUGCUCCAGCCGGGCACUGGGGAGGGAAAGGGCACCAGGCAGCCCGUGGUGUGGCCUCAGGAACCACCAUCAGCCACCAUUUCCUGGGACCUUCUGGAAAUGUCCAGGAGUGGGCAGGAGGGAGGGAGGGAGGGGCAGCUAUGCUCAGUACCCAAAGAGCAGGGCACAGGGGACGCCAUAGACGCAUAUGCAGCUGAGCUCCCCACAGGCCUGCCCGGGUCUUCCUGCGGAACCAUUGGGCACAGCCAGGCCUUAGCACCAGGCCCUGUGUGGCGGUGAAAUUUCGGGUGGUGUAAAGCCGACUCACAGGAUACAAGGUGCCUUAGCUGGCUGCCAUGUCUGCUGCCUGUAAUCCCAUCACUUUGGGAGGCUGAGGUGGGAGGUUUGCUUAAGCCCUGGAGUUUGAGAACAGCUUGGGCAACAUGGUGAAACUUCUCUACAAAGAACUUAAAAAUUAGCCAGGUAUUGUGGUCUGUGCCUGUAGGCUGUAGACCCAGCUACUCAGGAGGCUGAGGUGGAAGGAUGGGUUGCCCUGGGAAGUCAAGGCUGCAGUGAGCUAUGAUAGCACCACAGCAUUGCAACCUGGGUGACAGAGUGACACCCUGUU